CGCAAGGGUGGUAACAACUACGCGCGCACGGCUGCAAUAAGUGCCGCAAUAUGUGCGUCUCUCGAAAGCCGCACACAUUCCAGCAGACAGAAGGAGCGCGAGACUGAGUUCGCUUGUUUCUGGGAGAGGAAAAAAGCGGGGAGAAAUGCUUUAACGUGGAUUAUUGAAUGGAGCUGAUUUUACGCACCGAGGGUCGAAAUUUCGGACACAGGCAGCCAUGGGUCGGUGCAGCUGAGGUCGUCACAGCUGAAAUUGUAGCGAUAACAAGGUUAACUCGGGAGUCAGAAUGGACGCUGAGAGUCUUAUUCAGCACAUCGAGCGAGACCUGGAGGCUACUCUAUUCCCCUUUUCAGUGAGCUCUGACUGGAUGGACGAUGGAAACGAGACGACUGGGAACCAGUUCCAGCAGCCAGAUUGGCAGGUGGCUCUCUGGGCUAUAGCCUACUCCCUCAUCAUUCUGGUGUCUGUCACCGGGAACGUCACAGUGAUCUGGAUCAUUCUGGCUCACAGACGCAUGAGGACAGUGACCAACUACUUCAUAGUCAACUUGGCCUUUUCUGACGUUUCCAUGGCGACCUUUAACACUCUUUUUAACUUUGUCUAUGCGCUCCACAACGACUGGUACUUUGGUCUGGGUUACUGCAGAUUUCAGAACUUUUUCCCCAUCACAGCCAUGUUUUCAUCAAUAUACUCCAUGGCUGCCAUUGCAGUGGACAGGUACAUGGCCAUCAUCCACCCCCUGAAGCCUCGCCUCUCCUCCACCUCCACCAAGGUGGUGAUUGCUCUGAUUUGGAUUGUGGCGUUCUCACUAGCUUUCCCCCAGUGCUACUACAGCGUGACGAGGUUCUACUACCCCAGAACCGUGUGCAUGGUCGACUGGCCUGAUGAUUACGGAGGAACGCAUCAACUAAGUUAUCAGUUUGCAGUGAUCCUGCUGAUCUACUUGCUCCCUCUGCUGGUGAUGCUGGUGACCUACAGCUUGGUGGGCCAGUCUCUGUGGGGUGGACACAUCCCUGGAGAGGCGUCAGACCAUUAUCACAGCCAGAUAACAGCCAAGAGAAAGGUGGUGAAAAUGAUGGUUGUUGUGGUGGUGACCUUCGCUCUCUGUUGGCUGCCUUACCAUAUUUACUUCAUUCUUGGCUCCUUUAACAGAGAUAUUUAUAAGCAACAUUACAUUCAGCAGGUGUAUUUGGCCAUCUUUUGGUUGGCCAUGAGUUCAACCAUGUACAACCCCAUCAUUUACUGCUGUCUAAACCAAAGGUUCCGUGCCGGUUUCCGUCACGCCUUUUCCUGGUGUCCUUUCAUCAAAGUGUCGGAGGAGGACAGGAUGGAGCUGCAGUACACAAACACCUUCCGAGUCACUGUGACACGCAGCCGCCGCAGUGACACAUCGUACACACACGCUUCCAUCAAGACAAAUAAGACCGAUAAGGAUGCUUGUUUGCUGCAAAAAAAGAAAACACCCAGCAAACACAACUCACACACAGCUAAGAAGACGGAUAACACCAGGAACUCUGCUGACAAACAGAUGGAGCAGAGUCCCUGACCUUUGAACUUAAUCAUGACGAGGACGCAGGUGAAGACUGCAGCCAUUUAAGACGUUCCUUAGCAUUUAUGAAUGCCCUUCAAGAAGAAGCUCACAAGACGCUGGGCUCAGCAUCAUUGAUUGGGGUUCUCUUCAUCCUUCAGGGUUUUGGGGUGGCUGCAACUCAAGAAGCAAGGCUGGCUGGGAAAUCCCUAUUACACAUCCCAAGGCCAACACCGAGACAAACAAAGGGAGAAGAAAAAACACUCGUUUUGUUAACUGAGGUAAAAUGCUUGUGCAUACUUGAUUUGUGAUUGCAGCCAGAUACUUUAGUGAGGAAACAAAGAUCCAAUCAUAGCACCGUGUUUCUGUAGCUACAGACCACAAGAGACAGGCUGAACUCUACACUGAGAACAUCUGAAACAUCUGUUUUUAACCACCGGCGCUUUUUCCUUCUUAUAAAAUUUUAGAUUUGUCUUGUUUAGGGUGCAAAACUGAAUUUAAUUAUAUACUUAAAACAUGAUAUGGACCAAAAAAGUCCAGCGGCACCAGCACUGAGCCUUAAAGUUACAUUUUUUGCUCUUUAAUCCACUGUCACACUGUGGAGCUUUUCCCUUAUAUUUACAUAAUUUAUUGUUGGAUUAGCCAAUAAAAACUAAAAAAAAAGAAGAAAGCUGAGAUUUCAGCUGCACUCAGUUCACUUAAAAAACGACAAAUAUUUUACUGGUCACGAAUAAAAUUCUUAGAAUGUCGGUCACAUGUUGUGAAUUUAAACAUUUUUAAUAAGUCUCGUAAAUUUUACUUGUUUUUCAAAAAGGGAUGAUUUUUAUUGCCAUGUUGUUUUAUUUAUUAACAGAAUGAGCUAUGAAAAAGUGAAAUUGUAAAUAUUUAUCAUGUGACGUGUUUGAAUUGUGUAUCCUCAUCAUGAUUUCUGAACCUUGUAAAUAUAUUUGACUGUGACAGUAUGCAUCUUCUGUAUUUGUUGUUGACAUGAAGCUUGAUUUGUAUUUAUUGUGACCUCCAUUGAGCCAAUGUUGUGUUUUUAUGAGUGGUAAUAAAAUGUCAGCGCUUUUAAAAGUUUAAAAUAAAUCACAUGCAUUUAUUUUGUAGGGUUGGGGUUCUGAAAACAGAAAAACUUACCUGUCCUAGACAGUUAGAAGAAAUAGAAGAGACAGAAAAGCUAUGCGCUGGUUAGAUUGGGACCAUUUAUAAAAGGAUUACUGUCC